AUGAGAUCUCCAUCAUCUUAUCAAAAGACGUCAAAAGCCCUAUGUGGUUUUCUUCUUGAUCAUGACGACUCGCUGGGAAAUGAUUCUCUGGUUGAUGCUUAUCAGAAAACAGCUAAACAGUGGAGGACGACUUACAAGGUAGAUGAUGGCAAAAAUAUUGACAAAGAUAGCUCGCGCACAUCACAAUAUGUUAGCACGCGUGCCAUGAUAGCUGCGCCGGUUGUUAUAUACUCAUCGAGUGGAAAUGACGGUGGCAUUGGUGGGUGUGGAGGUGAUGGUAGAGGUGGUGGUGGUUGUGGUGGAGGUUGA